AAAUUGAAUUUCAUCGAUUUUGCGAGGAAAUUUGUAGCUCGUUCAAUUUUUUUAUUUUUUAUUUUUUGUGAUUUUAUUGGGUCUGAGUUGCGUUGAGCUUAAUUUCAGCGCUGAAAUGGCGGAGACGAAGUCUCUGUGAUUGUGUGGAGAAAAUUUGAUGGAAAGUUCCGUCCUUUAAAAAUGGGGCGACCCCCUUCUUUUUCUGGGUUAUGGGACCAUUCAUCUACUCUAGUUUCUUUCUCCUUCACUUAAUUAUUCUUGUUUCAGUUUAAAACACCUCAAUAAAUUGUUUGGUUCUUCACAAAUGAUUGUUUUUUAGGACAUGGGUUUCUCUGUUUAGUCAUAAAAAAUGUUGCUUUGUACCAUGGUUUCUGGCAGCUGGUGUUCAUCAUCAUCUGAUCAUAUUUGAAGGGAAUACGCUAUUGAUGGAUGAAUAUUCUGGUAAAAGAGCCAUUAGUGGAAUGGUAGUCCCUAAAAAGGGGAUGGGCCACAUGUUUAGAGAUAGUGCUAAUACUAGAGAUCAAAAUGGUCAAGUAUGCAGCCGCGUUGGUUGCAGCAGCGGAGUCAACUCUCCUAAAGGUACUCGAAUUGGUUCUUUUGAAAAGGGAAAAUCUUUGAGGCCUUCAAUGCGAUCUUCCAAUGGAAAGGAAGCAAUUGGAAGCUCUUCUCGAACUUCUUCUGGGACAAGUAACACAGGAAAACCUGUUAAGAAGGCUCAGAAAACACUAUCAUCUCAGUUAGAGACAGAUUCAUCUGAAACCAGUAGCGUACAAGAUGAACCAGAAGUUUCAAAGCCUGUCCCUCCACCUGAAAAGGUUCAGAGAGGGCUUCAUGGUGAAGUAGAAAACUCAGAGUCUGGUAAUGUCACGCGGACCGAAGGAGGGAGCUCUAGUUUAGUAUCUAAUACAAGAUCGCGGAGGAAGCCUGCCCUACGAGGUCAAGAAAUUCAAAGCACUGGUCCAGGGACACGUGCUGGCACUAGUAGGUACGGGUUAAGGAACCUCAGAUGCAACUCUAUUUCUGAUGUCAUCCCUGCUGGUUGUUCACCAUCAGAUUCCACCCUUAACAGACGGAAAGAUAUGAUAAAAAAGAGAAAUUGUGAAGGGGAAAGUAGUUCCGCUGCCAAAGGGAAGAAGAUAAGUGGUUCCUUAGUAGAAGGACGGCAUUCUGGUUCCAGAAACGGUAUAUAUAUCUCUGAUUCAAGAAUAUCUAGAGAUGCUCCUCACAGGGAUAGGCCAGACAGCAACUCGCCAUCUGUUAGAACACGUAGAUCAAUCGGUGGUCAUGCCAGGGGAAGGCUUGCUAGCCAAAAUGCUAUUCCAGUGGAACCCAAUCAGUCCCUUCUCAUGAUACCUUCUUUUCCACAUUCUGGUCAUCUUAAUGCUCCUAAUGGAUCACAUCAUACUACUCUGGAGACUCUAUCAAGUUCAAGCUCUAACAGUAGAACCGGUACUAGCAGUGAGGAGUUAUAUGGUCUUAUGCCUGUGUCUCCUAGAGAAUAUGGCAUCACUCAUUCUCUAAUAAAUCGGGAUAGUUUUCGACGACGUUAUAACAUGGAUGGUAUUGCAGAGGUAUUGUUGGCACUUGAGAGGAUUGAACAAGAUGUUGAGCUAACACAUGAGCAAAUUCUUUUAUUGGAGUCCAACUUGUUCCUUUCUGGACUAAACUUCUAUGAUCAGCACAGAGACAUGCGAUUGGACAUUGAUAACAUGUCAUAUGAGGAACUGCUGGCUCUGGAAGAAAGAAUGGGCACUGUGAGCACAGCUGUAACAGAGGAAGCUCUAUCAGAAUGCCUUAAGAAAAAUCCGUAUCAACCCUCAGCCUCAGACAAUGUGACUUGCAAUGAGAAUAAGGAUGAUAUCAAAUGCAGCAUCUGCCAGGAGGAAUAUGUGGCUGCAGAUGAAGUGGGGAGUCUGAAAUGUGAGCACAAGUAUCAUGUGGUUUGCAUACAGCAGUGGCUACGGCUGAAGAACUGGUGCCCUAUUUGCAAAGCACCAGUGGCGUCCUCUAGUCCUUCAUCAUCUUCCCAGUAAUUACAUCGUUUAGGUCAUAGGAGGGAGGCUGAUUUCUUAUUAACCCCCUCUUUCUGUUAAGUUUUCUUGUCAUUUUGUACAAAAUACAGUUGCUUCUCACCUCUUCUUAUUGGUCAUUUUGUACAUAGCCAAUAUCUUCAUCCACAUUAUCAAAUAAUACAAGCCACUGGCUUGAUAGACUUGAAAUUUCUUUUUCAGAGUGCAAUAGUCACAUUUAAUGUCCUUGCUA